AGCAGUCGUUACUCCGGGUGAGUUGUAGCGGGAGGCGGCCCGGCUGUGGACCGGAGACGUGGAGGGGUGGUGGUAGACAGUAUAUUUGAACAGCAGCCUUUCUAUUUAUCGGUGGGAGAAACGAGGAGUCGUCGCGUUGGUUCUCGUCGUAUGGUGAUUAACUGUUUGGGAUCUCUAGCCCGGAAGCUGCUGCAAAUGAAGCCCAAGGUGGUUUUUGUGCUUGGUGGGCCAGGAGCCGGCAAAGGGACCCAGUGCAGCAACAUCGUCAAGAAAUAUGGAUACACUCACUUCUCUGCUGGUGAUCUACUUCGUGCUGAACGGAGCAAAGAAGGUACUCAGUAUGGAGAACUUAUUGACAAUUACAUAAAGGAAGGAAAAAUUGUACCAGUGGAGAUAACUAUUAAUCUUCUUAAAAGGGCAAUGGAUGACACAAUGGCUGCAGAUGCCUCGAAGAACAAAUUUCUCAUUGAUGGAUUUCCUAGAAAUACAGACAAUCUUGAAGGCUGGAACAGGAUAAUGAAUAGUAAUGUUGAUGUCAAAUUUGUCCUUUUCUUUGACUGCAGCAAUGAGAUAUGUGUGGAACGCUGCCUUGAAAGAGGAAAAGGUAGUGGAAGAACAGAUGAUAAUAUCUCGAGUCUGCAGAAAAGGAUUCAGACUUAUAUGCAGUCUACUAAACCUAUUAUUGAACGAUAUGCAAAAGAAGGAAAAGUAAGAAGAGUCGAUGGAGCCAAAAGUAUUGAUGAGGUUUUUGUUGAAGUCCAGAAAGUCUUUGAUGCCGAAAAUGAAGUCGACAACGUUUGAAGUUAUACAGACCUAAUGCUUGUGCUUAGUUAGAAUAACUAUUAUAUUCUAUCCUUGUUUAAAUUACUUUACUUUUGGGUACAAGUAUUUUAUGUUUUGAUGCAUUCAUUACUUUAUGAAAAAAUUCUUUAAGAUGUAAGGAAGACAUUACAUUUUCAAGUUCAUUUCCCAAUUUUCUUCCAACUUCAAAUUGUUAUUUGUAGAGUAAAAAUGUUCAUCUGAAACUUGUCCUUGCUUAUGGAUGUAUCCACGUGCUCUUGAAAUGCAGUGACUUGUUACUGAUUGUUUUCAUACCAAAUGAUCAUAAUUGUGCAAAAUUCAAUAUUUUCAAAUUAACAUGCAAAUUAAUUUGGCAUUUUUAGUAUCAACUUAUACCACAUUUGUAAAUCUAAACUUAAAGGAAAUACAGAGAGUGAAGUAUUAUGUUAAAUAAUACCCCUUGUUAAUCCUUAAGUGCAUUUUUUCUAGAGGAACAACCAAAUUAGAAAGAAUUACCUUUGAAACUGUGUUUGCACUUGUUCAUUUAUUUAUGUACUUUUAAAAGUUAAUUCGUGCAUUGGAAUUUUUAAUGUGUAAAAAGUUCAAAACAUUUAUGUACAUUUCAGUAUAGUUUUCCACAGGUUAAACAUUUUUAGAUGACCGAGUUGAUUCUGGAAGUGGUAGCUGAGAAAUUUUUGCAGGCUGAUAUUACGUUGGUUGAAGAUCUUGGUUAAAGAAGUCUUUCAAGUCUAAAUGUUAGAUCUUGAAAUGGUGAGAAAAAUCAGAGCAACUGAACUGCUAUCUUGUUUAAAAACAAUGACAAACACUCCCAUCAUUUUCUACCAUUCUGAAACUUUGAUAGGACACUUCCUAUUGUGAGUCAGCAUAGUCUCAAAGCAUUUUCUGCAUUAGGCGUAUGGAUUUAUUUUACUUGCAGGACAGCAGUUCUUUUGGAACAUUGCCACCUAAGCAGCUAUUGUUAUUUCAUUCACCACGCAAUGAGAUCUUUCAAACAUAGCUUUCCUUGUCCAUUGUUUUUUCUCUGCAUCCCCCACUCCAAAACGAAAGUUCUAAUUUCCAAUUAUGCUGCUUACCACAGUGCUGCCCCUGACCACAUUACUGCUCUUCCACUUACUCCUUCCCUUUGCAUAUGACUAAUUGCAGUGAGGACCUGGUGGGCCACAACUGAAAUAAUUGAAUAUCCUGCUGCAAUGUCCAUCCAAUGUACAAUACCAGUUAAAAUGUUAUAAAUGUAUCAAGGACGCUAAAGAAGAUCUUCUAAAAUUAAGACAGUUUCUGUGCAUCGGAAAUCAUUAUAAACACUGGAAAUAUGGAACAGUUCAGCCGCUACUUGUAAAGUGACAGAUCUACAUUCCUAUUGUAAAGAUUCUGAGAGAACAGUUCACCUAAAUUUGACCUUCCUUAACAAAUGCUGAGUAAAUGUUGGGAUUUCCAGCACUUCAUCAGUUUGUGUUUGAGAAUAUCAAAUAAAAGUUUUACUUGAAUUUCUAAUUCCAAUCCUUCUAGUUUGAGCAUUGAAUUCCGAGAUACUUGUCCAUUUAUUUAAUAUAAGGAUGACCAGAAUACCUCAUUACAUUUAACAUUCAUACUUUUUGUUAUUUUUCUAAAUAAUAAUUAACUAAAUAAUUAAAUCAUAAUUUGAAUUUCUAUUAUAAUUGAUAGCAUACUCAAAUGUAAUAAACUCAGGACUUUUGUUUGCGAAGUUGCAGUAAAUAUUGUUAGAAACAAAGAGAUAAUAGUGUACUCUAGAUGUGUACUUUGAACUGCCAAGGCUUGGAAGGUGCUUGCAAUUUGUAUUUUACGAUUAGCUGACAUUUAAUAUUAAAUAAUUACAAUUCAUUCCAUUUCUAUAGGUAUGAGUAACUCCUUUUGCAGCAUCUUUAGCUUUUGUGUCUGGUCAUUUCUGACUACGUGAAAACAUUUUUGGAUCACUAGCAAUAUUAGAACUAUGUAUAAAUGUAGAUUAUCUAUUUGGUUAUUAGUUUUGCAGAUUAAAAGAAGUAAAGAAAAAUUGA